AUGGCUUCUUUAACCCCAUCUGCUCCAAUCUCUCCACCAAUGGAGUCUACUGGUAACCGUCUAAUGGCCCUUGAAUUGAAAGAUGGGUCUGUUUUAGAAGGUUACUCUUUUGGUUCUGAAGUCCCAACCGCUGGUGAAUUAGUUUUCCAAACUGGUAUGGUUGGUUAUCCAGAAUCAAUUACUGAUCCUUCUUAUGAAGGUCAAAUCUUGGUCAUCACUUUCCCAUUAGUUGGUAAUUAUGGUGUCCCAGAUCGUGAAUUAAAAGAUGAUGACGUUCCAGAAUUACCAAAAUAUUUUGAAUCUUCAAAAAUUCAUAUCGCUGGUUUAGUUGUUGCUCAUUAUACUGAAGAAUAUUCACAUUUCUUAGCCAAAUCUUCUUUAGGUCAAUGGUUAAAAGAACAAAACAUCCCAGCUAUCUAUGGUGUUGAUACUAGAGCUUUAACAAAACAUUUAAGAGAAUCUGGUUCAAUGCUUGGUCGUAUUGGUGUUCAAAAUGAUAAAGCUUCAGUUGAAGAAGCUGCUUCUGAAAAUUGGAAAUCUCAUUUUGAUAUUCCUGAAUGGGAUGAUCCAAAUGUUAAAAAUUUGGUCGCUAAAGUUUCCACUCCAAAACCAAUCUUAUACACUCCAUCAGCUGAAGAUGCUAUCAAAGGUCCAGAUGGUAAAACUUUAAGAAUCUUGGCUGUUGAUGUUGGUAUGAAAUUCAACCAAAUCCGUUGUUUUGUUAGACGUGGUGUUGAAUUAAAAGUUGUCCCUUGGGAUCAUGAUAUAACUUCUGAAGAAUUUGAUGGUUUAUUCAUCUCAAAUGGUCCUGGUGAUCCUUCAGUUAUGGAUUCCACAGUGGAACAAUUAUCUAAAAUCUUGGCUUCAAAGAAAACCCCAGUUUUCGGUAUUUGUCUUGGUCAUCAAUUAUUAGCUAGAGCUUCAGGUGCUUCAACUAUUAAAUUGAAAUUUGGUAAUAGAGGUCAUAACAUUCCAUGUACUUCUACAAUCUCAGGUCGUUGUUACAUCACUUCUCAAAAUCAUGGUUAUGCUGUUGAUACCACAACUUUAGCUUCCGGUUGGAAAGAAUUAUUUGUUAAUGCUAAUGAUGGUUCAAAUGAAGGUAUUUAUCAUACUGAAUUACCAUAUUUCUCUGUUCAAUUCCAUCCUGAAUCAACUCCAGGUCCAAGAGAUACUGAAUUUUUAUUUGAUGUUUUCAUCAAAUCUGUCUUGGAACAUAAAACAUCAAAAACUUUGAAAGCUGUUGAAUUCCCAGGUGGUAAAAUUGAAGAUAAUUUAGCAAAAUCACCAAGAUUACAUCCAAAGAAAGUUUUAGUCUUGGGUUCUGGUGGUUUGUCCAUUGGUCAAGCUGGUGAAUUUGAUUAUUCUGGUUCUCAAGCUAUUAAAGCUUUGAAAGAAGAAGGUAUUUACACCAUUUUAAUUAAUCCAAAUAUUGCCACUAUUCAAACAUCAAAAGGUUUAGCUGAUAAAGUUUAUUUCUUACCAGUUACUGCUGAUUUUGUUAGAAAAGUUAUCAAACAUGAAAAACCUGAUGCUAUCUAUGCCACUUUUGGUGGUCAAACUGCUUUAAGUGUUGGUAUUGAAUUAAAAGAUGAAUUUGAAUCAUUAGGUGUCCAAGUUCUUGGUACUCCAAUUGAUACCGUUAUCACUACUGAAGAUCGUGAAUUAUUUGCUAGAGCCAUGGAUGAAAUUGGUGAAAAAUGUGCUAAAUCUCAAUCAGCAUCAUCUGUCGAUGAAGCAUUAGCUGCAGUUAGAGAUAUUGGUUUCCCAGUCAUUGUUCGUGCUGCUUAUGCUUUAGGUGGUUUAGGUUCAGGUUUUGCCAACAAUGAAGAAGAAUUAAUUGACUUGUGUAACAAGGCUUUUGCUGCUUCUCCUCAAGUUUUAGUUGAAAGAUCAAUGAAAGGUUGGAAAGAAAUUGAAUAUGAAGUUGUCCGUGAUGCCUUUGAUAACUGUAUCACUGUCUGUAACAUGGAAAACUUUGAUCCAUUAGGUAUUCAUACUGGUGACUCCAUUGUUGUUGCUCCAUCUCAAACAUUAUCAGAUGAAGAUUACAAUAUGUUAAGAACUACUGCUGUUAAUGUUAUCAGACAUUUAGGUGUUGUUGGUGAAUGUAACAUUCAAUAUGCCUUGAACCCAGAUUCAAAAGAAUAUUGUAUUAUUGAAGUUAAUGCUCGUUUAUCACGUUCUUCAGCUUUAGCCUCAAAAGCUACUGGUUACCCAUUGGCCUUCAUUGCUGCCAAAUUAGGUUUGAACAUUCCAUUAAAUGAAGUUAAAAACUCUGUUACCAAAGUUACCUGUGCUUGUUUCGAACCAUCAUUGGAUUAUGUUGUCGUUAAGAUUCCAAGAUGGGAUUUGAAAAAAUUCACAAGAGUUUCCACUUUAUUGUCAUCAUCAAUGAAAUCUGUUGGUGAAGUUAUGAGUAUUGGUAGAACUUUUGAAGAAGCUAUUCAAAAAGCUAUCCGUUCAGUUGAUUAUCACAACUUGGGUUUCAACCAAACUGAAGCUUUAAUGUCCAUUGAUAUUGAUUCUGAAUUACAAACCCCUUCAGACCAACGUUUGUUUGCUAUUGCAAAUGCCUUACAUUCUGGUUAUUCAGUUGAUAAAGUUUGGAGAUUGACCAAUAUUGAUAAAUGGUUCUUGAACAAAUUGAAUGGUUUGAUCAACUUUGCUCAACAUAUUGAAUCAUUUGGCUCAAUUGAGAAUUUAACUCCAUUGGUUAUUCGUGAAGCUAAACAACUAGGUUUUGAAGAUAGACAAAUUGCUAAAUUUGUUGGUUCUAAUGAAUUAGCUGUUAGACGUGUUAGAAAAGAAUUUGGUAUCAUUCCAUUUGUUAAACAAAUUGAUACUGUUGCAGCAGAAUUCCCAGCUUUCACCAAUUAUUUGUACAUCACCUACAAUGCUGAUUCUCAUGAUGUUAAAUUCGAUGACCAUGGUGUUAUGGUUUUAGGUUCAGGUGUGUACCGUAUUGGUUCUUCAGUUGAAUUUGAUUGGUGUGCUGUUACAGCAGUCAGAACUUUACGUGCCAAUGGUACUAAAACUAUCAUGGUUAACUAUAAUCCAGAAACUGUUUCAACUGAUUAUGACGAAGCUGAUAGAUUAUACUUUGAAACUAUCAAUUUGGAACGUAUCUUGGAUAUUUAUGAAAUUGAACAAUCUUCAGGUGUUGUUAUUUCUAUGGGUGGUCAAACUUCAAACAACAUUGCUUUACCAUUACACAGAAACAAUGUUAAGAUUUUAGGUACUUCACCAGAAAUGAUUGACUCAGCUGAAAAUCGUUACAAAUUCUCACGUAUGUUGGAUCGUAUUGGUGUUGAUCAACCAGCUUGGAAAGAAUUGACUUCUAUUGAUGAAGCUGAAGCAUUUGCUGAUGAUGUCGGUUAUCCAGUGUUGGUCCGUCCAUCUUAUGUUUUAUCAGGUGCUGCUAUGAAUACUGUCUAUACCAAAGAUGAUUUAGCUUCAUACUUGGACCAAGCUGUUGAAGUUUCUCGUGAUUACCCAGUUGUUAUCACCAAAUAUAUUGAAAAUGCUAAGGAAAUUGAAAUGGAUGCUGUUGCUAAAGAUGGUAACUUGAUCAUGCAUGUUGUUUCAGAGCACGUUGAAAAUGCUGGUGUUCACUCUGGUGAUGCUACUUUGAUUGUUCCACCACAAGAUUUAGACCCAGAAACUGUUAAACGUAUUGUUGUUGCUACAGCUAAAAUUGGUCAAGCUUUGAACAUUACUGGUCCUUACAACAUUCAAUUCAUUGCCAAAGAUAAUGACAUCAAGGUUAUUGAAUGUAAUGUUCGUGCUUCCCGUUCUUAUCCAUUUAUUUCCAAGGUUGUUGGUACCAACUUGAUUGAAAUGGCUACUAAAGCUAUCAUGGGUUUCCCAGUUGAACCAUACCCAUUGAACAAAUUACCAGAAGAUUACUGUGGUGUCAAAGUUCCUCAAUUCUCAUUCUCACGUUUAUCUGGUGCUGAUCCAAUUCUUGGUGUUGAAAUGGCUUCUACUGGUGAAGUUGCUACAUUUGGUCAUAACAAAUAUGAAGCUUACUUGAAAUCAUUGAUUUCUACUGGUUUCCAUUUACCAAAGAAAAAUAUUUUGUUCUCUAUUGGUUCUUACAAAGAAAAAUUGGAAUUAUUACCUUCAAUUAGACGCUUAAGUGAAUUAGGUUACAACUUAUUUGCCACUGCUGGUACUGCUGAUUUCAUCCAAGAACAUGGUAUCCCAGUACAAUAUUUGGAAAUUUUGAAUGAUGAAGAAACUCAAAGAUCUGAAUAUUCAUUGACUCAACAUUUGGCCAACAAUUUGAUUGAUUUGUACAUCAACUUACCAUCUUCUAACAGAUACCGUCGUCCAGCUAACUAUGUUUCAAAAGGUUACAGAACUCGUCGUAUGGCUGUUGAUUAUGCUGUUCCAUUGGUCACCAAUGUUAAAAAUGCUAAAUUGUUGAUUGAAGCUUUGGCUAGAAAUAUCUCAUUAGAUGUUUCAAACAUUGAUGCUCAAACUUCACAUAGAACUGUUUCAAUUCCAGGUUUAGUUAACAUUUCAUCAUUUGUUCCAUCAUUUGAAACUUCACAAGAUUUUGAACAAGCUACUAGUGCCUCAUUAGUUUCUGGGUUUACUUACAACCAAAUCUUGCCAAUUUCCACCGAAGGUUUGACUAUUUCAGAUGCUAAAUCAUUGAAUGAAGUUACUGAUUUAUUGGCUGAUUCUGGCUACACUGAUUACACUUUAUCAACUGCUGCUAUCAAAGGUAAUGAAGCUCAAGUCUCACAAGUUGCUAAUAGCGUUGGUUCAUUAUUCUUAUCAUUCAAUGAAUUUUCUAAUGGUCACGUUUCUGAUGUUUCAGGUCACUUUGCCUCAUGGCCAGAAUCAAAACCAAUCAUCACUGAUGCUAAAUCAACCAACUUGGCUUCCUUGUUAUUACUAGCUUCAUUGAACAAUCGUAAAAUUCAUGUUACUGGUGUUCAAUCUAAAUCUGAUUUAGAAAUCAUUAGAUUGGUUAAAGAAAAAUCAGCACAUGUUACUGUUGAUGUUAAUAUUUAUUCAUUAUUUGUGUCACAAGAAGAUUAUCCAGAAGCUACUUUCUUGCCAACCAAAGAAGAUCAAGAAGCAUUAUGGGCUGGGUUAGAACACAUUGACGCUUUCUCUGUUGGUAUUUUGCCAUCUGUCUUGGCCAAAUUCUUAGGUAAACCUGUGACUGCUGGUUUAGGUAUUACUGAUGCUUUACCAUUAUUAUUCUCAGCUGUUACUGAUGGUCGUUUGACUAUUGAAGAUAUUGUUGACCGUCUACACACCAAACCAGUUGAAAUUUUCAGUUUGCCAGAACAAGAUUCUCUUGUUGAAUUAGAUUUGGACCGUUUAGCCUCUACUUUACACUCUGCUAACAUUUGGUCACCAUUUGAAGGUAAAUUAAAAGGUGGUGUUGAACGUGUUCACUUACAUGGUCAAACUGUUUGCUUGGAAGGUGAAUUGGUCAUUAAUCAAGCUUUGGGUGUUGACAACUCUGCUUUCAAGAAGAGAAUGGGUUCAAUUGUUCAAACACCAAGUUUCAACAAUGAUGUUGCUUUAGCUCAAAGUCCACAAGUUAGAAGAGCUAGAUUCUCUUUCUCAGCAGAUGCUCAACAUCGUCCAUCAUUUGUUGAAGAAAUCCCAUCUCCAGAAAAGGAAACUAGAGGUACUGAAUUGGUUUCAUCUCGCCCACCAAGAGAAUUAUCACCACCAGGUGCUAUUGCUACUCAUAUUCGUGGUAACAAUCCAUUUUUACGUCGCUCAAUCUUGUCAGUUAACCAAUUUGGCCGUUCUGACUUGCAUGCAUUGUUUUCAGUGGCUCAAGAAAUGAGAUUAGCUGUUGAAAGAAAAGGUGUGUUAGAUUUGUUACAAGGUCGUUUGUUAACAACCAUGUUUUAUGAACCAUCAACAAGAACUUCUUCAUCAUUUGAUGCUGCCAUGCAACGUUUAGGUGGUCGUACCAUUGCUGUUUCUGCAGCUUCAUCAUCAGUUAAAAAAGGUGAAACCUUACAAGAUACUAUUCGUUCAUUAGCCAGUUAUUCAGAUGCUAUUGCUUUACGUCAUCCAGAUGAAGAAAGUGCUGAUAUUGCUGCUAAAUUCUCACCAGUUCCAAUUUUGAAUGGUGGUAAUGGUUCACGUGAACAUCCAACUCAAGCGUUCUUGGAUUUGUUCACUAUUCGUGAAGAAUUAGGUACUGUUAAUGGUAUUACUGUUACAUUCAUGGGUGACUUGAAAUAUGGUCGUCCAGUUCAUUCAUUAUGUCGCUUGUUACGUCAUUAUCAAGUUCGUGUUAACUUAGUUUCACCAAAAGAAUUAAGAUUACCAGAACAUUUACGUCAAGAAUUAAUUGAUGCAAACAUGUUGGCUUCAGAAUCUGAGAAAUUGACUAAAGAUAUCAUUGCUAAAUCAGAUAUCUUGUAUUGUACCAGAGUUCAACAAGAAAGAUUUGAAGAUCAAGAACAAUAUGAAAGAUUAAAAGACUCAUACAUUGUUGAUAACAAGAUCUUGUCAUAUGCUAAACAACAUAUGGCUGUUAUGCAUCCAUUACCUCGUGUUAAUGAAAUUCGUGAAGAAGUUGAUUUUGACCAACGUGCUGCAUACUUUAGACAAAUGAGAUAUGGUUUGUUUGUUCGUAUGGCUUUAUUAGCCAUGGUUAUUGGUGUUGACUUUUAA